AUUUAGUUAAAUGCCGUGUUUAUUUACAAAAACUUAUAUUUAAUUAAAAAUUAUAACUUGUGCGCGUCAUCACGUGUUACAAACAUGGUUGCUUGUGUGACUGAAAUUUCAUCUCCGAGAAGUCACACAAAACUCGAUGAUGGCCAACUACUUUGAAACUGUUUUGUUAUGGCUUGGCAAAACUCUAGGAGUGAGUGAUAACUCCAGUAUUCUAUAGCAAGACAAAAUAUAUUAAAUUGUUCUAUGCUGGAACUUUCUAUGAGAGGCAAUGUCUUCCCCGCUGUUUAUACAUUUAGUAAGACUGGUGUCAAAGCGCAGUCGUCCAAUGUUCAUCCCAGCCACUCCUGCUGCACAAUGUUGGAUCCAUUGUUAUUCAGUUCGACACAACUGGUACAAGAAUCAGUUGGAUGUAUUUCAUAAGGAUAGCCUCACGCAUCAGCCUCCUGGGAAGAAGACAAACGAAAAGGUUAUUUCAUUCCUUGAUCUUGUGAAACCAAAAGCUCCAUUCAGCAGACACGGCUUACAGAGCAAACUGGAAACUCUUGAAGUCCUUGGUUGUUCUUUAGAUCAAGUCCAAGAAUGUCCCGAAAUCCUGCAGGUCCCACAGGCUGAGCUAAUGCACAGGGCUACCCGGUUGCAGCAACAUGGUCACCGAAAGAUCAAUGUGCAGAUGUUAAAACUUGUUCACUCUAAAGUAUCGAAUGCUCAUUUGAAGCGGUUACAACCAGUUUUGGAUUUAAUGCAAGGUUACAACACCAUCACAGAGUACAUGAUGGAUGUUCUGAAGUGCAACGAAAUGGAAUUCCAUGAAAUUAUUACCAAAAUUCCAUUGCUGAAGAAACUGAGAAACAUGCCGGCAUUUACAGAAAAGGUCAAAUAUCUUCAAAGCUUCGAUGUGAAAGCCGAGCACUUCAUUAAAUAUCCACAGCUGCUCUCUUACAGUCUUGAUACCUUAAAGAGACGCAUCGAAAGAAUGAAAGUACACCAAGAGGGAAACGAUUUCCCUAUUUCGUCUCUUGCCAUCUCUGAAAAACAGUUUAAAAGAUUCCUGAAUAAAUACAACACUGAACAGAAAGUUCUUGAUGGAAGUCAAAAUCGCUAUGAGUAUAUAGCAAAACUGUUCAAUGUAUCCGUUUCUGUUGCUCAAAAAAUGUCUUACUUAGAGAACAGGCGUCUUACUACACUGAAGCCAAGAGUCGACUUCCUCCUAUCAGUCGGUAUUCCGAUUGAGCAUCUCCGAAGCCAUACCUAUAUUCUACGUCACAAAACAGACACAUUGAAGAAAGCGUAUGCCAAGGCGCAAGAAGCUGGAAUCGAAAAAGUCAGUCUGUUACACAUCAUACACAUCAUUUCAUGUAAAAAUGUUCCCUUGAGAGUUCCUAGUCCCAAAUCAACAGUCUUCCUGCCAAAAUUAAUCGGCAUUGAUACCGGAACUCUGCAGAAGAAACUUUACCAUAUUGCUCCUUUAGUAACUACAGACCGUGUAACACUAACUACCAAUUUCGAGUACCUAACUAGUCUUGGUAUUACCAAAAAAGACAUUUGUAGUUGUCCACUAAUUCUGUCUCAUUGUCCCAAAUAUCUGAAACAGACAGUUGAGUCAAUAGCAAAGAGACAAGAACUACAAGAGUCGUUAGACUUGUUAUCAAAUCCAUCUGCAUUUGUUAAUUUAGUGCAAUAUUUGAUUGAGAAAGAAGUAAACUUUCGUAAUAUACACCAGGAAGUGGUCUGAUGUUGUACGGCUGAAUUAGUUUACGAAUAAAUGCAUUUUGUAGUAUAUAAGUAAAA